UAAAGAGCAGGAGUAAACCGACAAUAUCAUCAUCAUCAUCAUCGAGAUCAGGAACAUUGACAGCAUCAAAUUCAACGGAUGAAUUGCCUUCUGUUCAAAUUCCAAUGUUACUUUCAUCUAGUUCAUUCGAAUUCAACCCUGGUACCACGCCUACUUCUAUUACAUCUAUUACCACCGUAGCUGGUAAUAGUGACAAUAAUAAUAAUAGUAACUAUGAUCUGGUGGAAUCAUCUAAUGAUAUGCAAAAUUUAUACAUAAAUACAAUGAACUGUCAAUACAAUAGUAAUGAGUUAAUUAAUUCACACAGUUCUACUCCAUUACAUUUAGUGAAUUAUUCAAAUCUGAUAAACUAUUCACCAAGUAACGAGGAUUAUCAUCAAUUAGGUGGCUAUCACCAAUGUCAUCCUCAACAGCAUCAUGAGAAUCAACCUCUAGAGAAAAGUUCAUUAGAUGAUUCAAAGUCAAUUAAUUUCUCUUUAAAUAAUUUAUAUUGGAAUACUACUUCAGAUGAAUCUCAAUUAUCAUGUAUUGAUAAAGUUAUGGAAAACACAAAAAAAGCUCUUUGCCCAAAUAGUACAAAUAUAACAAAUACUACUAAUAAUACUACUGAAAAACUAGAUCAAUUAAUACAUCAAAGCACUGAUCUCAAUCAUCAUAAAUAUCAUUAUUCAAAAUUAUUUCAUUCAUCAACUAAUGAACUUAUUGAAUAUAAAAAUAAAUUUAAAACAAAUUUAAUAAAACAAGAAUUUGAAAUGAAUUCACCAUCAUUAUCAACUUUAUCUUCUGGAUCUGUUUCAUCAACACCAUCAUCAUCUUCAUCAUCAUCAUCAUCAUCAUCAUCAUUAUCAACGACAACUUCCACUACAUCAACAUUAGUAGAGACAAUGUCAUCAAUAUUAUUAAAACAUGAACCAGACAACUCUGUCUAUAAUUUAAACCAAGAUAAAAGAAUACCAAUCAUAAAUUCGGACCAUUAUCCUCAUAUAACAUCAUGGUCAAAUUCAGAUUUGUCAAUCUCUUCCAUUAAUAAUAAUAAUAAUGAUAUAAAACUGGAAACAAAAGAUGUCCAUCAUGAUGAAUGUGAUAAUCAUUUAAAUCAUGAUCAUAAUAGUAAUGGUAAUAAUAAUGAUCGAAUGGAGUCGAACAAUCAACUUGAACAAUCAAAGCAAUUAUAUGAAAAUUAUUCCGAAAAUAAGUAUAGUUUAAAUAAUAAUUCACCAAAACCUAAAUAUCAAAUUGCAUUAUCAUUAACAGCCAAUAUUUAUCCAACAAUCAAUUCAAAUUAUGGUAGAUUAAAACAAAAAAAUAAUACAAUAUGGAAUAAUAGUAAUGAUAAUAAUAAUAAUAAUAAUGGUUACCAUUAUACAGAAUAUGAAAGUAGAUUAAAAACUACCCAUACUCAUCUAUCAACUGAUCAUAAUACAAUUCAUCAACAACAAUUAAUAAUGAAACAAAAUGAAGAGAUGAUAGUAAAUACAGUGAACAAUGAACAUUUAACAUAUUUAAAUGAAACUAUUCCAAUUAUACAAAAUCAUUCUAAUGAUUUAGAGUUUCUGCCAUAUUUCAAUGGACAUCAUCAUCAUCAUCAUCCUCAUGAUCAUGAUCACCAUAGUAACCAUCACCAUCAUGAGUAUUAUACACAACAUAUGAAAUUGUCACCAUUUUUAAUGUCUGAUUAUAAUAAUGAAUAUAUUCAUUAUCGAAAUAAUAAUAAUAAUCAUUUUUCAGAUGAUUUAAGAAAUCAUGAAUCUAGUAUCAUUCAAAUGAAUAAAUUAAAUUAUUCUACUAAUACUACUAACGAUACUACUAAUACGUCUGUUAAUAGUAGUAUUAGUAGUAGUAAUGUUAAUCGUGAUCUCUUUGAUAAAUACAAUCAUGAAUUAUAUACUAAUUCAGAUAAUAAUCCAUAUUCUAUUUAUACCAGCAAUUAUUCAGAAAUAUCAAAUUAUCCAUUUGAUGUAAAUAAUACUACAUCAUCAAUUAAUGUUUCGAAUACUUAUUUCGACAAAGGUAAUAAUAAUAAUAGUAAUAGUAAUCGAAAUGAUUCUAGAAAUGUAUUAAGUAGUAUAACAUUGCCAAAUUCAUCAAAAUCUAAUCAUUUAUCUUUAGAAGUUCAUGAUCAAUCUACUGAUACUGAUCAACAUGAUAUACAUUAUUUACAUAGUCAUCAUCAUGAUCAUUCUCAUUCGAAUGUCCACGUCUAUCCGACAUUGAAUCAACUUCCUUGUCAGUAUAAUCAACAUCAUCAUCAACAUCAUCAUUAUCAAUCUUUGUUAUCUGAUUUUAAUUCAGAAUAUACAAAUCUAUUUACGAAUACAAUGAAUUAUCAUUCAUUUAAUAAUGAAUUAAAUGAUAAUUAUAAUAAUUCUUUAUCACCAACAUUGGCAUCAUCAUCAUCAUCAUCGUCAGAAGUGUGUUCAAAUAAUUCAAAUACAACUAUACCACAUAAAUAUUCAGCAAGUAAUAUAAAUAUGAUGAAUUCAUAUGAUCCAAUGACAUUUUUACAAGAAAUGAAUUUAAAUAGAAUUCAUUGUAAUAAUCAUAGACAUCAUUGUAACAAUAUGAAUACAACCACUUCUACUACGAAUAUAUCAACCACUACUAAUAGUAAUAGUAUUAGUAAUAAUAAUAAUCAUAAUGAUAAUUCUGGAAGUAAACAUACUAUGAAUGAACAAUUUAAUCGCCAAACAACUCCAUAUAAUUUAUUAGAACAAUCAAAUAAUUUCUUGAUGGCUGCUGCUGUUGUGGCGGCGGCUGCUGGUUCAACACCGAAUGAUUUAAAUAUAUCUACAGGUAAUCCAGUUCGUCGACAACGACGUGAACGUACAACAUUUACAAGACAUCAAUUAUUAAUGUUAGAAGAAUUAUAUGCAAAAACACGUUAUCCUGAUGUUUAUAUACGUGAAGAAUUAGCUUUAAAAUUACGUUUACCUGAAUCACGUGUACAAGUAUGGUUUAAAAAUCGUCGAGCUAAAGGACGUAAUCAACAAAGACAAAAUUCAUCAGUUGAUAAUAAUAAUAAUAAUUUAAUAAAUAAAACUAAUAAUGUAAAUGUUUGUCAAUAUGAGAAUGUAAAAUAA